CGAAGGACAGAAACGCCAAUCGAUUCUCUCGUCUCGGCUCUACCCUCCCCCGCCCGGAUCCUCCUUCAUCUCGGGGACCUUCCGCGGCUCGAGCCCCGAGGCCACCGGGAGACCCGCGGCGCGCGGUGACAUGGCGGGCGGCCACCGCCUCCUGCUGGAGAACGCGCAGCAAGUGGUGAUGGUGUGCGCCCGAGGCGAGCGCUUCCUGGCGCGGGACGCGCUGCGCAGCCUGGCGGUGCUGGAGGGCGCCAGCCUGGCGGUGGGCACGGAUGGGUUUAUAAAAGCCAUUGGUCCUGCUGACGCGAUCCGAGCACUGUUUUCUGAAGAAACGUUCGAAGAAAGAAUUGACUGUUCUGGGAAAUGCAUCUUGCCGGGUUUGGUGGAUGCACACACACAUCCAGUAUGGGCUGGUGAAAGAGUUCACGAGUUUGCAAUGAAGUUGGCAGGAGCCACGUACAUGGAGAUUCACCAGGCUGGAGGAGGCAUCAACUUCACCGUGGAGCACACGCGCCAAGCCUCAGAGGAGGAGCUAUUCCGCUCGUUCCAGCAGCGGCUGCAGUGCAUGAUGAGGGCGGGGACCACGCUGGUGGAGUGCAAGAGCGGAUACGGCCUCAACAUGGAGACCGAGCUCAAGAUGCUGCGUGUGAUUGAGCGCGCUCGCCGCCAGGGGCCCAUAGGCAUCUCGGCCACUUACUGUGGGGCUCACUCGGUGCCAAAAGGAAAGACUGCUACAGAAGCUGCUGAUGAAAUCAUCAAUAACCACCUCCCAAAGCUGAAGGAGCUUGGCAGUCGCGGGGAAAUACACGUGGACAAUAUAGAUGUGUUCUGUGAGAAAGGCGUCUUUGACCUCAACUCCACCAGAAGGAUUCUUCAAAGUGGAAAAGAUCUAGGAUUGCAGAUUAACUUCCAUGGGGAUGAACUUCAUCCUAUGAAGGCUGCUGAGCUCGGGGCUGAGCUGGGAGCCCAGGCGAUCAGUCACCUGGAAGAAGUGAGCGAUGAAGGCAUUGCAGCCAUGGCAACGGCGAGGACCUCCGCUGUCCUCCUGCCCACCACGGCCUACAUGCUGAGACUGAAGCAACCUCGGGCUAGGAAGAUGUUAGAUGAAGGGGUAAUAGUUGCUCUGGGCAGUGAUUUCAACCCUAAUGCAUAUUGCUUUUCAAUGCCACUGGUCAUGCAUCUGGCCUGUGUGAACAUGAGAAUGUCCAUGCCCGAGGCCUUGGCUGCUGCCACCAUCAAUGCAGCUUAUGCCCUGGGAAAAUCUCACACGCAUGGAUCUCUGGAAGUUGGUAAACAGGGAGAUCUCAUUAUCAUCAAUUCAUCCAGAUGGGAGCAUUUGAUUUACCAGUUUGGAGGCCAUCAUGAAUUAAUUGAAUAUGUUAUAGCUAAAGGAAAAGUCAUCUACAAAAAAUGAAAGAUCUGAAAGGAAAGAGAAGACUCUUCAACUGUAUAAAUCAAUGCAGUUGUAGUAAAAGUUAAAAUACCACAGUAAUUUACCAGAGUGAUGCUGCUUAGAUAUGUUUUAGUGCUUGUUAAUCCACUUGGAAAAAAACCAAGAGAUAAAUUUAUUUUCUUUUAACAUGUGCACCUGGACAUAUAAAUAGGUAAAUCAAUUGGGUCAUGAUCUCAGAACAUUAAAUCAUUUCACACAGAUUUGUUAGAAAUAUUUUGAAGAUUAAUAUGAUGGAGUAUCACCAAAUGCCUUUGUGGGGAAAGCAGAUUGCCAAUUAGGUAGACAUGGCUUGGAAAUCCCAUUUUAUUUCUGCUUUUCAAGCUUCAGGUUUUAAACUACAUUUAGUGAAAAUUGGGGGAUGGUGAGAAAUCCAAGUGAUAUGCCCUGAAUUAAGCAAGUGUAGCCUUCUAUAAUAGGCUAGUCCAUUCCCCACAUAGUCCAUCUUUACAAAUGUUCUUUGAAUGAAUUAGUGUCUCCUAUGGGAGGAUAUCCUUCUCUUUCUAAUUUCUUCCCGACUCCAGCAGUAGAGCUUCACAGCAGAUUUCAAGGCUUGUCAUUUUAUACAUGGGUAUGGGGCCUUCCUCAAAAGGAUGCAUUUUGACCAAAUCCACUAAUGUGAUUUUUAAGUCAUUUUUAAGUGUUUGAUUGUUCACACUACAAAUGUGUAACAAAAUUUUUAUAUCUCUCAAUAAAUAUUUGUUGUCACUAUUAUUUAAA